UGUCAGCAGGUAGUGCAGAUGCUGCUGCCAUCAGGCAGCCAGUUUGCCUUCCGGGAAUUAGGAGAUUACAGCGAGGGAUGUUCUCUCAUCUGGAGAGGUGAAAGUUUGUGAAAGCGCUCAGUCUGUGAGGGGAACAGAAAAUCAAGAUGACAAGUGCUAGCGAGCCGGUGACCAUCACCAGACAGACACGCACGUCUAAACGCUAUAAAAGUAUGAGGAAGAACUCGAGGAGAAUCUACUCGCACUAUCCUGAUCGGCAUCAAAGUAAUUCAGACGAAGAAGAUAAAGAUGAAGAAAAAGCAGACAGCAACGACCCCGAAGAAAUGUUUCAAAAUAUCCAAAUCCAGAAGGAGAUCAUCGCUAACAUCCGAUCGCGGCCCUGGCCGAUGAGACAAAAACUCCGAGCACUCAGGCAAGCUAAAGAGAUUGUGCUGAAAUAUGAAGGCAGACUGACGAGGACAAGAGGCUAUCAAGCUGCUGGAGCUGAACUUCUGAGGAAGUUUUCCCGCUUGGCAUAUAAUGUUGUUGUUCUUUUCAUUCCUUGGGAAGUCAGGAUAAAGAAGAUAGAAAGUCAUUUUGGCUCCGGAGUUGCCUCGUACUUCAUUUUCUUAAGGUGGCUUUUCGGAAUCAACAUUGUACUAACUAUCAUGACGGGAGCAUUUGUUAUACUGCCAGAGCUGCUGGCAGGCGCGCCGUUUGGAACCACAGCCAGCAAGACCAUUCCAAAGGAGCAUCUCUCUUCAGCACAGGACCUGGACACCAUCUGGUCACUCGGGGGCUACCUUCAGUAUUCCGUCUUGUUUUAUGGCUACUAUGGAAGAGACAGAAAGAUUGGCAAGGCUGGCUACCGUCUGCCUCUGGCAUACUUUCUAGUUGGAAUGGCGGUUUUUGCCAGCAGUUUUAUUAUUCUGCUGAGGAGGAUGGCCAAGAACUCGCAGUUGAGUUUUGCCAGCGCCUCGGAUGAAAACUACACUUUCUGCUGGAGGGUGUUUUGUGCCUGGGAUUACCUGAUUGGCAACCCCGAGGCUGCCGAGAGUAAAGCGGCUGCCAUCGUCAACAAUAUCAGGGAAGCCAUCGUAGAAGAGCAAGAAAAAAAGAAAGACAAAAGUCUAGCAGUGAUGAUAAGCUUGCGGAUUCUUGCAAACAUUCUGGUGCUCCUCUCUCUUGCUGGAAGUAUUUAUAUCAUCUACUUUGUUGUUGAGCGAUCCCAGGACCUUGAGAAAGUAAAGCUGGAAUUAUCUUUGUGGGAAAAAAAUGAGGUCAGCGUGGUGGUGUCACUGAUUACAAUGAUCGCACCGUCUGCCUUUGAGCUCAUUGCACAGCUGGAGAUGUACCAUCCAAGAACGACUCUGCGUUUCCAGCUGGCAAGGGUCCUCGUCCUUUACUUGGGAAAUCUUUACAGCUUGAUCAUCGCCCUGCUGGAUAAAGUGAACACAAUGAGUUUAGCCAAUGGGACAAUGAGUGCAGCCACUGUGAUCGAUGCCACCACUUUUCAGGCCACCAUCGCUUUCCCAGUGGAGCAGAACCUGUCCACCAUUGUUCCUGAUAUCCUGGAUAAGAAGAAUCAGACGCUCAGCCCUGGAUUAGGACUGGAAGAAAACCAAACGAAAUUAAUGUCUGUUUUAACUGUCAACAAGACGGGUUUAAAUGUGCAAAGACGAGAGCAGGACCAGUGCUGGGAGACGUAUGUCGGGCAGGAAAUGCUGAAGCUUUCCAUCAUAGACAUGAUUUUCACCGUGGCCAGCAUCCUGCUCAUCGAUUUUUUCCGUGGACUUUUCGUUCGUUACCUGAGUGACUGCUGGUGCUGGGAUCUUGAAAGCAAAUUUCCUGAAUAUGGAGAAUUCAAAAUUGCUGAAAAUGUCCUCCACUUAAUCUACAACCAAGGAAUGAUUUGGAUGGGGGCCUUCUUUUCACCCUGUCUGCCUGCAUUCAAUGUCCUCAAGCUGAUCGGCCUCAUGUACCUGAGGAGCUGGGCGGUGUUGACAUGCAAUGUUCCCCAUCAGCAGGUCUUCAGAGCUUCCAGGUCAGUCCAACAAUUCUACCUUGCAAUGCUUUUAUUCAUGCUGUUUUUGUGUAUGCUGCCAACAAUCGUCGCUAUUGCAAGAUACCGGCCAUCGCUGACAUGCGGGCCUUUCAGUGGCCAAGAAAAGAUUUAUGAUAUCAUUUCAGAAACAAUUGAUGCUGACUUCCCUUUAUGGUUUGGGACAGUGAUGAGCUACGUGACGAGUCCAGUGGUCGUGCUUCCUGCUUUAUUGCUGCUUUUCAUGCUCAUCUAUUAUCUUCAGUCAAUUGCAAGAUCACUGAAAUUCACCAACCAUCAGCUGAGAAUGCAGCUUCAGACUGAAAGAACAGAAGAUAAGAAGAAAGUUUUUCAGUUGGCUGUUGCAAGACUGCAGACAAAGGAAGGGAGCAAUAAGAAAACAGAACAGGAGAGCGACCACACCAGCCAGGAAUCAUCAGUUCGCUCCACAUCUCCCCGUAGAAAUGGCAGCGUAACAAACUUUGAGUCUCCGGUGAACAGAGUGAGCAGCAUAAAGACGAUCUCCCAACCGGCUUCCAGAACCGAAGUCAACAAAACCACAGCUACAUCUCACAAUCCGGGUGGGCCCAUUCUUCAGAAACACAAGCUGGAGCAGAGUGCUAACAGGCAUCCAGGAAUUUUACAAAGUGGCGCCAUUGGAGCUUGUAGAUCGAAGUCCUACCAUCAUGUCGCCUACAAUCCCUCUGGAAAAUAUGCAGAGAAUGCACACUCAGAUCCUAUCUUCAGAAAGGGAAUCCGCCCUGUAAGCGCAGAGGCCAUGGGUGGUGGCAGCACCCAGAAUUUUAUGAGUCGUCGAGGACACACUACCAGGUAUGUGAUUGUCAAUGAACACGAUGCGCGUAAGAAGCUCAUGCGCUCUUCAGUGAGAAUACCCAGACACUACAGGAUAGAAGAACCGGGAGAAAUUGUGGAGCUGUACCCGAGGAACAUCAAGAGGUAUGUGUGUCGCACACCUCAGAGGUCAUACCCUCCUCACUUUGCUGAAGAAGAGGAUGAGGAAGGGAUGGGUCUAAGAAGGGACUCCUUCAGCCAGAGGCAUCGUCCUCGCUCCCUCUCAGAUCUGAACCAGCCGGCUCGCUUCUACAUUGGAGAUAAAGUAGACAGCCAGCUGGCACUUGCCAAGGACCUAGCAAAAGUCCGCUAUGGCAUGUAUGAAGAUGAUUAUGAGAUCGAGUGGGAAGACCUGGCACCCCACGCCCACGCUAGAGCAAAAGUCAAAGGAGUGGAGCACAUCAAAGUUAAAACGAAAUGUAAGAAUGAGCCAUCGCUGAGCGAGUCGGACUCAGCCUCCAUCGCAUCCAGCAGUGAUCAGCAGAACAGCAGCACAGAUCAGUACAUUCAAGUCAUCCAUAACAAGGAGAAGUACCUUAAACCAGCUGGAAAGCUGAUGAAAAAGAAGUCCAAGACGACCACAGACUUGAACAUUUCGGGAUCGUCAGAUCUCAUCUGUUCCAAUGUUUAGGAGAUGUUAUGGUGGGGACAGUGGGACGCUGCUGCUUACGUCAUGCUAACCAUUGUGAAAAUCAGCACAAUAUAUUACAUUACUAAAUAAUGAAUCUUUUCAAAUGUUCAGGAAACAUGAGAAAUCAUCAAGCACACUAAGUACAUUACCUGUAAUUCCACAUGCAUGCCUACCCAAAACUGUCUCAAAAAUGAAACGUUAGUUUGGAUUAAAAAACGGAUUGUGUCCAUCCUUGAAUAACUAGCAGAAAAUAAAGUGCAUGUGCCUCUGA